AUUCCACGUUGUGGUUUGUCAACUCUAGCCAGCAUCCUGAGCUCAAACCCCCAACGACUGACAAUUGACAAUAUUAAACGUGGAGACCAUGAGCACUGCGAGCGUCCAAAACUUGGAGGAAGCUGUCACGAUAGCGUCAGAAUUCAUAAUGACCCUAGAUAACUUACCUAGCGAAGUCCAAUUUCUUCUGCAAGAGCUUCGCUCGAAAGAGACCGAAUCUCAAGACAUACAAAAUGAUCUAGCCAAAGAGGCUCAUAAAUAUAUGCGAUAUGCCCUACGAUCAGACGGUACGGACCCCGUUUCGAAAGAGAAGGAUAGAACGAUAGCGCCACCAACUGAGAAACUGAAGGAUGCGCAAGAGAAACUUUCAGCGCUUUCAGACGAGAAAAUUGCACUGGCCUCUCGUAUCGUCGACUUGCUGUCCAGGAAGCGGGCCCGGUUAGAGUAUGACCUGGGCCGUGUCCUCGUUCUACAAGGAGAAACGGACCCAGCGUCUGUUUUCGCUAGUGCCGCGGCUUCGACUCCGGUCUCUGCAUCAGGACUUAGUAGUGGCGCUGCCGGCUAUGUGCUCGGGGGACGCAAUCCAGCUGCUCAAAUCAAUGAAAGCCUCCGAAAUGCUUUCGCUGGUGGUACCGCCACCCCUCUGGUAAGUGGCUCAGGAACCAUAGCUUCUGUCGGAGGCCGUGCUUCGGUCACUGGGGAAGACAGUGCUUUUAAAAAACGGAGGUUGAUGGCGACGCAGGGUUCUAUCAAGCUGCCAUCGCCUGCACCGUCUGCCUAUGUUCCAUCUACCCGAGGUCGCCGGAGAAGACGGGGAGCUUCAUCCGAAGCUGAGGAUUUCGAUUUUGAUUAUGGAGAUGAAACUCAAGGUGCAGAAGAAGGUGAAGCAGAAGAAGGUGAUGGCGAAGAGGGAGAAGAUGGCGAAGACAAGGAAUUGUAUUGCUUCUGUCAGAAGCUGAGUUACGGAGAAAUGAUCGCGUGUGACAACCCAGAUUGCCCGUAUCAAUGGUUUCACCUUCCUUGCGUCAGCCUCAAGCAGCCACUCCCGGAGAGUUGGUUCUGUCAUGACUGCCUUAGAAAGAUGGGUCCUCCUGCAUCUGGUCCUGGUCGUAAGGGCCGAAAGAAAUAGAUCUUUUCCCCACACAUUCUUCUUCGCAUCACCCUGGCUGUGGCCUUGGACGAAGAAGUUUCAGAAGGUCAUCAUGAUGGAAGUGUCGGACAAUGCGACCAGAUGCUUCGGGGUAGCUAAUAACAGGCUAUUGGUCGAUGCAACAGGGUUUUAAACGUGGUUCGUUGCUACCUCGACCUCGCAGGACUGCGAAAGAUUCACAAUUGGCUCUUCUUUGGCGACAAGAUCAAGGAUUCCUAUGAUCCACACUAUGACCACACCUACCCCACCAUUUCUGGCUUUUCCCUUACUAUGUCCGUCCUUGGCAACGCUCGUGGCAGUGGAGUACAGGAUGGCG